GUCGGGCCUCCGCUUCCAGCUCGAACGCAGGUGAUUCGACUUGAAGAAAUGCGCUCUGCUUUUUGACUUCUUAGAGCUCUGCGAAAUGUGGACCUUCUCCUCUGUUCAUUCCUGAGGGAAAGAUCCCAAGAGUUCGUCGUCGACUCGUGAACAUUCGUAUCAUGAGUAUUCCUUCGUAUGCUUCGAGUAUUCCCAAGUCGUUUCUUGCAUACCCAGGUGGUGAUUUUGACUUAGAAUCGGGAACCAUCAGAAGAACUCGAAAACCCAAAAGCUCUCCACUUCACCCGGUCAAAAUGCUCAAAUCCUUCGGUAACCGUGUUCGCUAUUUCUACAAGUUGCAUCCUUGUUUAGCUUUCUUGAUUUCCUUGUCAUUUGGGAUCACAAUUCUGUUAAUUUUAUCUAUAUAUCAGUCGCGGUAUAGUGCCAUCGGUAAUUAUCGAGAAUUCGAUGCGUCUUUGGGAAAUUAUCCUUUAGCCAAUCUCAAGAACCUCGUGAUGGUUGCUGGACAUUCUAUAUAUACUAGUAAGAGUUGCGAGAAAGUUGAUAAGGAGGAUUCUUGGUUUUUGGAGCCUUAUCAAAAGAAUCCCGGUCAAGCUGCUACUUUUUUAGCUCAUAUUGAACAAGGAAUUGAAAUAACGGCGAAAGAUGAAAUGGCUUUGCUAUUAUUCAGCGGUGGAGAGACACGUAAAGAUGCUGGUCCUCGAAGCGAGGCGCAGAGUUACUGGGCUGUUGCUGAAUCUAGAGGAUGGUUUGGGAAGGAAGAAAAUGUGAGAUCGAGGGCCCUCACUGAGGAGCAUGCAAGGGACAGCUUUGAGAAUCUUCUGUUUAGUGUAUGUAGGUUCAGAGAGCUCACUGGAAGAUAUCCUUCCAAUGUAACUGUUGUGAGUUAUGAUUUCAAGGAAGAAAGAUUUGCCCAUCUGCAUCGCGCUGCUAUCGGAUUCCCCGAGUCGAGAUUCUUUUACGUAGGAACCCCAGCUUCAUCAUCUGCAAGAGAGAAAGCCCGGACGGGCGAGGCACUGGUGAAGCAGCAAUUUCGGGAAGAUCCUUAUGGGUGCCAAGGUUCAUUACAUCGUAAGAAGCUAGGCCGUGAUCCUUUCCACCGAACAAUUCCUUAUCCUAAAGGUUGCCCUGAGAUGCAAGAUCUGUUCAGAUAUUGCGGAGCGGCACCCUAUCCAGGUUGGCUUCCCUGGAUGUCGUAGUGCUAAUUGUUACUUUCAUGUAAGCGGGAAGCGAUGCUGAUAUAGCCGAGCACGCAAAUUUUUUACCUUUCCAUAUUCUUAAUAAGGCCUGCAUGUCUAUAGAAAAGAGAGAUGACAAAGGAGUUAUGAUAAUGAUAGCAUGAGUUUCUUUGAUGCUGUAAGUCGUGAAAAAAGUUAUUUAUUGAUGUAUACGUAAUGGAAUUUGACGUACUUGGACAAUUAUAUUAAGCAAAUUCGGUCCCUCAUCUUUAGUUUUCCAA